AUGUCUCACUUCACUUUCGUACCUUUCUGCACGUUUGUUGACACAGUGUUUUGGGCUGAACUGAACAGGAGGAAGUUAAAUGAGUGGCGUCUUGAUGAAACGCCUCGUGAACUGGGUGGAAUGAUUUCUUUGUGUGAGUUUGAGAUUUGUUAUUUUAAAGUCGACUGUACGGGUGAUAUGUGCCGGUUAUCGCUCAGCCAUGAGAGCUUUGAACCGUCGUUACCUGGGGCAUAUAGUGGUCGACUUCUGCUUGUGAACACAUUAGAUAGCUUCAAAAGACUGGAUCGAAAAGCACUUCUCGUGGAUGAAGCGAUGAAGGUCUGGGAAAAUAUCAAGUCCGGUAUGUGGCUUGAAGAGCCGAUUUGUUUGAUGCCUUUUACGUUCACUGUGUUCGCCGACUUAAAGAAGUUCCAAUAUCAUUACUGGAAUUGCUAUCCAGCCAUCUGUUACCCAACGAAUAUUAGACAAGAGGUACUUUUUGUGGUCUUCGCUGACCCAUCACCCGUUCCAGGCUGUGCUGGAUGGCCUCUUCGUAAUUUAUUGGCCGCAGUUGCAUAUUUCAAGCGUACAUGGCGCUGGUGUUCUUUUAUUUCCUUGCGAGGAGUCCACCGAUUAUCGGAAUUCAAAAUUUCGUGGGAUGAAACUGAAGUAUGUUGUUUUUAUAAUGGUGCUACUCAGCUUCCUGCUAGUGUCGGAUGGGAGAGAAACAGCGAAGGAAAGUUGCUUUCCCAGUUCGUUGAUAUGCGCCAACAAUUUGAUCCUAAAAAGUUGAUGGAACAAUCCAUCGAGCUUAAUCUAUCACUGAUAAAAUGGCGACUCGUUCCAGAAAUGCAGUUGGUGCGCUGUACGUCACUUAAGGUACUCAUAUUUGGUGCUGGUACACUUGGAAGUAACAUUGCGCGAUGUCUUAUGGGUUGGGGAGUUAAGAAAAUCACGUUCUUGGACAACUCUUCAGUGAGCUACAGCAAUCCUGUGCGGCAAUCGCUUUCUGAGUUUGAAGACGCAAGAAGGUCACGUAGCAAAGCUGAAACGGCAGCAACUGCACUUCAACGAAUAUACCCAUGUAUUGAUUCAAGUGCUGUUUGCCUAACGGUUCCUAUGCCUGGGAUGUUUAGUGAACUUUGUUGCAUUGACGUUUUUCUUUCAUUUUUUUCAGAAGAAAAUGCAUUAGAACGUGACCUAACCAUUAUUGACGAACUUGUUGCAAACCACGAUGUGGUGUUUCUCGCGUUGGAUAGUCGAGAGGCUAGGUGGUUACCGACAGUGCUUGCAACUAAGCAUGGGAAGAUGGCGUUUAGUGUUGCUCUCGGGUUCGAUAAUUACGUUGUAAUACGUCAUGGUGUGAGAAGUUACGUACAAGGUGUAGAAUCUGGUUCUGGCACCGUUGUACCAUAUUCUGAUCUGGCAUGUUACUUUUGCAGUGAUGUUACUGCACCUGGAAAUUCAAGCACCGACAGAACCCUUGACCAGCAGUGCACGGUCAGUCGUGCUGGUCUCUCUAUGAUAGCUUCGGGAAUUGCAGUGGAAAUGAUGGCUUCGGUGUUACAAUAUCGAGAUCCGUUGGCGGCACCAGCAAAUAUUGGCGAACCGGACGAUACAUCGUCUUUAUUGGGUGCGACGCCACAUCAAGUUCGGGGCUAUUUAUCGCGUUUCACUCAGAUGACUCCGUGUGUACGAAGAUUUGAGAAAUGUGUGGCGUGUGGCUGCACCGUUGUGAAUGAGUAUGUUACCAGAGGUGUAGAGUUUGUCAAAGAGGUGAUGAAUUCCCCAACAUACCUCGAGAAGUUGACAGGUUUGGAUCUCCUACAAGCUUCAAUAGACGACGUUCACGUCGAGUUUAGUGACGAUAACGAAUCAAUUAUGUCUAUAUGA